AACUUUUACAACCAUUAACACCAAUUACCACCAAGGACCCACAAGAAAUUAAUCUUAAUUUCGUUUUAGGAUACACGAAUCUAGCCCCUGAUGGCUAUACGCGAAAAGUUUGGACAGUAAAUGGUCAAUAUCCUGGUCCAUUAAUUCACUGUAACAGAGGAGAUAGACUUGUUAUAAAUGUUACAAAUGGUUUAGAAGAUCCGGCCACAAUCCAUUGGCACGGAAUAUUUCAAUUAGGCUCUAAUUGGUAUGACGGAGUUGGAGGUCAGACGCAAUGCCCUAUUUUACCCGGAGUUUCGUUUGUUUAUAAUUUCACGGUCGCAGACCAAGUUGGAACAUAUUGGUGGCAUUCACAUUAUCUUUCUCAAUAUGUUGAUGGUGUACGUGGACCCUUAAUUAUAAAUGAUCCUGAUGAUCCUUAUCUAAGUCAAUAUGAUUAUGAAUACGUCCUUACACUUGAAGAUUGGUAUCAUACACAAUCAAGUGACUUGGUUGCAAUGCGAUUGGCACCAGCAGAUUCUGGACUUAUCAGUGGAAGAGGUCAAUAUAAUUGUUCUAGAGCUCUGAGUGGAUCGCAAUGUGAUCCUAAUAAUAUGCCAGCGAUUUAUACUGUAACGAAGGGUAAAAGAUAUCGAUUUCGUAUAAUUAACAUGAGUGCCGAAUCCUUUUUCUGGUUUUCUAUCGAUCAACAUGUGUUACAAGUUAUUGAAGUUGAUGGUGUUAGUAUAAAACCAAUAAAUAUUACUGUUUUACCGAUUCAUAUUGGCGAACGGUUCUCUGUCAUUGUCGAAGCAUCGCAAGAUGUCGACAAUUAUUGGAUACGUGCAAAUAUACCAGACGAUUGUAUAGAGACUGAUCCUGACACGAUAAAUCACGACUCGGAUCUUAUUAAUAAUAAUAACAUAACAGGGAUCUUACGAUAUGAUGGCGCACCCAAUGAUACCAUACCGAAAUCUAAAAUGACCAACGAUGAUUGGUCUAAUAAUCUUUAUCCAUGUCAGGAUCUUGCUGUUGAUUUAAUAAAACCAUAUGUAGCUGUAGAACCACCCCAAAAAGUUACAGAUCCAAUUAAUAUUGCAAUAUCGAUUGGUUAUAACAGUCGAAAUACCACCACAGCUUAUAUUAAUGGACAAUCUUGGGUUCCCGAUAUAACAAAUCCUUCAAUUAUGAAGAUUAUGGCUGAGAACGAAAGUGUAACUUCAUUUCCUAUUAAUGCUAAUGCAUAUGCGUAUGAUACUGAGAAUGGUACAGUGGAACUUGUUUUGAGAAAUCUAAAUGGUACAGACCACCCUUUCCAUUUGCAUGGACAUAAUUUCUUUAUUAUGGCAAUAAGUAGUUCUGGGAAACCUGAUACUAAGCUAUAUAAUCUGGUCGACCCUCCUCUUCGUGAUACAAUUACUAUUCCUAGUGGAGGAUGGGCAGUAAUCCGUUUUAUGAUAAAUAAUCCUGGUGUUUGGGCUUUCCAUUGUCACAUAGAGUGGCAUGUUGAGUUGGGGAUGGUAUUUCAACUGAUCGAACAGCAAAGCAAAAUCAAACAACUUACACUGCCAGAUAGCGUUGCAGCAUUAUGCAAACCAGGUUAUCAAAAUACCAAGCGUUUGGCUUUUCCGUCCCCUGAUGGUGAAGAAACAACAACAACUACUCCUGGAGGUUAUGUAAUACAUCAAAAACCUUCAAACUCUUCAAAAGUAAAAAGAAAUACCAAAAGAGAUGUAGCAUUCAACACUAAACGUAACGCUAGAAUUGGUAGAAAAAUGAAGAGAAGCGUGAUUUAA